UGCUGUCGUCUGUCAGUGUCAAAUUCAAAAUCAAAAUUAACCGUCCUUCGAACCGAAAGUUUCGAAUAAAUUACAAUUAAUUUAUAUAUAUACUAGUAAUCUGUGUAAUUUAUCUCUCGCUGUCUAAUUAUUAUCUUUCGCUUUUGUAUAAACGAUUAAAAUAAGAAGAUCACCAUGUUACCUAGUAGAUUUUCAGUACAGUCGUCGAAUAUACGAAAGUCAAGGCUUGAAGGUAAGGCGUCUCUGCUGCCGCUACCGCGCCGGCCGGGCUCCACCGACCGUCUUUCCACCGAAGCCCGACGUCCUUCGGCUGCAGGGCAUCGCUCCAGUAGCGCUGAGCCACCCCGAGGCACUCUAGGAGUUAGGUUUAGCCGAGAAGCCUCUGCUACUAAACUGCCAAUCAACAGAAGAUCUCGGUCGCAAACUGGAGAAGCUAAGUAUGGUGCGACGGCUACUCCUCUUCGCAACAAUCCUCACUCCAGGCCAACUACAACACCUGUGAGAACACCAUCUAAAGACCGCGAGUCUUGGCAGAGCUCACUGGAGAGGGCUCAGGCGUGUGUCACCAUUAAAGAUCAGAGGCCAAUAAGCAGCGCGGCGUGGCAGCGCGCGGAGAUCACGCGCGUGUCGGAGGGUAUGGCGGCGCGGGGCGCGGGCGCGGCGCUCGUCCGCCCGCUCACCAUCGCGCGGUUCGUGGACAUCGUGGCGGUGCUGCUCGCCCCGCUCAGCACGAGGGACCACCGCCUGAACACCGACAACUACGUGGCCAAGUUGCCGCACCUGCUGAAGCGUAUGCUGUAUCCGGGCGCGGUGUCUAAGUCGUGGCUGAAGACAGUGAACACGUUACACGCGUUCCCGCACGCGCUCGCCCUCAUAGCGUACCUGCUCGACUUGGUCACUCACGUGGAGAUGCCGGUGCCCGAAGAAAGCCUGUACCUGGAGAAGGACGAGGUGUCGUGUCUCCGCCGCGACUACCUCUACAAGUGCUGGAUCAGGUUCCAGGAGCCGAACGUAACGUACGAUGACCUGAACACGGAGUACCUCGACAGCCUCAACAACCUGCUGGGCAACAACGACGAUAAGAUCGCGCACCUGCAGGACGUCGUUAAGAGGUUGACGGCAGAUUUGGAGGACGAGGCGGAGCGGGCGGCGCGCGCGGACGAGGCGCGGCGCGUCGCGCGCAGGGACGCUCGCGCGGUGGCGCUGCGCGGCGAGCGUGCGACGCGUCGUGCGGUCGCGGCGGACAUCAGCGCGGCGCGCGCGGGCCUGACGGAGGCGGGCGCGGCGCUGGCGGCGGUGACGCAGCAGGCGGAGCGCGCGGCGGCGACUCUGACGGCGGUGUGCGGCGCCGUGGAGGCUCAGACACUGACGCGGGAGCAGCGAGCCGCGCUCACUGAGCAGCUGGAGUACGCGCAGCAGGUGCUGGGUUCGAAACGUCAGCUGAUGGACACCGUGUCUGGGGCGGUGGGCGAGCGCGAGGCGGCGCUGGCGGGCUGGCGGCGCGCGGCGCUCGACGCCUGCGUCAGCUACAAGCGGCAGCUGAUACACCUCGCCGCGCGCGCACCCAACCUCGCCACGCUGGCUGUUGACAUUGAUGAGAAAGCGGUGAUAGAGAGCGACUGCACGGAGGUGGUGAACCGGGCGGUGGAAGCGCUGCGGGCGGAGGCGGCGCGGCUGAGCGAGCGGCGCGCGGCCGUCGCCCGCCAGCGCACCGCCGACACCCGCCAGCGCGCCGCCAAACUGCAAGCCGCGCGCGCCAGGGUGGCCGAGCUGCGCCAGACGGUGGAGCGCGAGACCGCCGCAUCGGAGGCGGAGUGCGCUCGAGAGGCGGCGGCGGCGGCGGCGUGGGCGGACGAGGAACUGCGGCUGCUGCAGCGCCUGGAGCGGCUGCGGGACGACACCGCGCAGCACGAGCGACCUGUCGCCGACCUGCGUCACUGGGAGACGCAGGAACAGCUUUGGAAGUCAAAGCUGGGGGAACUGAAGGAGUACGUUGAGGCGCAGCGGGCGGACGCCAAGCUUCUGAUGGCGGAGGCUAUCGAGAAGCGAGUUAAGUUGUACAUAGACCACGUGCGCGUCUGCAGCGAGCGCCUCGACCAGCUCACUUCGCAGCAGAUUCCCUAGUCGCUUACUUCACACCAGACACCAGUGAUGUCACGUGUUGCGAUAAUUUCACACCAGUGACAUACGGAGACGAGAGAAGUUGUACACUGACCACGUGCGUGUCUGCAGCGAGCGCUUUGACCAGCUCACUUCGCAGCAGAGUCCCUAGUCGCUAACUUCACACCAGUGAUGUCACGUGACUAGCUGCGAUAUCUUCACAAUAAUGAUUUUAAGUAUUUGGCUAUAUGAAUUUUAUGGUUUUUGUAUAUAACUGAGUUCCUGUCUUUUUAUGUAAGUAACUAAUAUUUUUUUUAAUGUUGGUAAAACUUUUUUGUUUAAAACAAAAAAUACAUGCAUAUUUAAGUGCCAUUAUUAUCUAUUGCGCUAUUAUUAAGUAACAUGAUUUUGUUUAUUAUACUGAGCUGACUUCAAAGAGGACUUCAGCUCAAUUCGACCGUAUAUUAUAUUAUGUUCUUUUUAUUCUUAUAUUUAGAUCAAGAUUUGAAAUGGUGUAUCACAUAUCAGAAAAUAAUUUUAUUUUUCUUUGUCAAUAGUUUAAGAUGUUUCU